GUACUGAAGCGGCUUAUUUUCAACGGCCACCAUCAUGGACUGACUGGCACGCCCAUGAAGAUUCUUACUACCAUUAUUCUUCCCUAAUUUUCCCCGUCAAAACGAAACUAAAACCUUACAAUUACACUCCAAAUUGAACAACCAGCUAUUGGUCUUGAGCUUUCCAGAAAAUCCCGGCGUUUGGCCGGCGAAGGAAGAAAAGCUUGGAGCCAGAACAGAAGGUAUCUGAAAUAAAGCUCCACCAUGGGGAAGCUGUUAUCAAAGAUAUUCGGAAACAAAGAAAUGAGAAUACUUAUGCUUGGUUUAGAUGCUGCAGGAAAAACCACUAUACUUUACAAGAUGAAAUUAGGGCAGUCUGUCACCACUAUACCAACAGUAGGAUUUAAUGUAGAAACAGUAACUUUUCAAAAAGUCAAAUUUAAUGUCUGGGAUGUUGGAGGGCAGGACAAGAUCAGACCGUUAUGGCGGCAUUACUUUGCAGGCACUCAAGGACUUAUCUUUGUUGUUGAUUGUGCGGACAGGGAUAGAAUUGAUGAAGCUAAAAAUGAACUUAAUAGAAUUAUCAGUGAUAAGGAAAUGAAGGAUGCAAUCAUUCUUGUCUUUGCUAACAAGCAAGAUUUACCAGAUGCUAUGAAACCACAUGAAGUCCAAGAAAGACUUGGCUUAACAAAAAUAAGAGACAGAAACUGGUAUGUGCAGCCAGCUUGUGCAACAAGAGGUGAUGGACUAUAUGAUGGAUUAAGCUGGCUGAGCAACAACCACAAGCCUUGAUAGUCCUUUAUUAGACCCUUUGCAUGUGACAUCACAUCAGCUCAAUAGACCCUUUUCGAGUUCCAAAU